ACCUAUUUGCUGACCAAAGUCAAAGUUCAGAACUAUGUUAGCAUGGCCAAAAGUUAGAGCUAUUGCAUGUGCCCGCUGAAAUUAUACAAACAAUGAGAUUCUCUGUCUCAACUGAUUCUGUGGUACUGUGUUCAGCAUCAAUCACAAAGAGAUGAGGAUCUAUAGAGAAGGUAAGAGAAAUGAAAAUAUGCCAAUGAUGAGCUACAGAAGAGCCUUUAGCCUUGCCACGGAGAGAAUGACAUGGAGCUCUAACAUAGAAGAGGGAGAGGAUUAAGUAAUGGCACUGAAGGCCUAGGCAGUCUUCAACCUCUUAUGAAAGUGUGAAGUCGAAGAAUACAAGUUAAUUGAAUUAAAAUUUUAAAGAACAAAAAUAUUAGAAAAUAGCUAAUAUUGUUUGAAUUCAUUUCAACAUAUGUCAUAGUGUAAGCGUCAUAGUGUAAGCAUGCCGAUUAUACGCACGGCAAAAUACUCAUAACCAAAAACAGGACAAGCAACACGAGAUAUGAUCCAUACCAAUUAAUAUCGGGUUUCAAUAAUUUAGCAAAACGAUACAUUUCAACCAUGUAGCCACAUAUGGUACACGAUUUCAAACCAUGCUUGGAUUUACACAACAAAUACUCUAAGGGUGCGUUUGGUUCAGGGUUAUCUGGAUAACCUUGGUUAUCCAUCCAGGGUUAUCAACCAAAACCUUGUUUGGUUUAAGUAAUUGACGAUUCCUAAGUUAUGAUGCAUGCCUGACACAUCAGCAAUUUGGGCAUAUAACCCGGAAUCAGAAAACCUCAGCAAAGUGGGGUUUCCUUGAUUCCGGGGUUAACAAAAAUUUUAAGACAAAAUUACCCUUCAUUAUUUACCCUUUGAGAUAAAAAUAACCCUUCAGAUUUAUAAAAUUUCAAUGUGCCCCUCGGAUAUAAUCAAACUUCCGAUUCACAAAAAACCCUAGCCAGUGUUCGCAGCUCCACCUCUAGCGCACACGCACGCAGCUUUUCCCUCUCGCGGCGAUCCUCCCUCUCUCAACGAUCUAGCGGCGUUUCUCUGCGACGAUCCUCCCUCCGCGACGAUCCCCCCUCUCGUGAAGAUCUAGCAGCGUUUUUCUGCGACGAUCCUCCCUCUCGUGCACACACAGUGUUCCUCCCUCUCGUAGCGAUCUAGCGGCUUCCCCCUCGCGAAGAACCCUAGCGGUUUCCCCCCUUGAAAGACAUCCCAUUCGCGAACAUCCCCACUCGCCUUCUUGGAAAAGGAAAGAGCCAAAAGAUGCCAAAUGUAGUUGAACAAGUAGAAAGUUCAAUGCCACCGAAGUUCAAAAGAAAAAUUCAAAGAACCAAACACUUAUGGACAAAACAAGAGAUGCUGCAUUAGUUGAUUGCCUUGUUGAGUUGAGCAAAGAUUCAGCUUGGAAGAGCGAGAAUGGUUUUCGAACUGGGUACUUGGUGCAUUUGAAGAAACUCAUGGCUGCUAAAUUGCCAUCAAGUAGUUUGAAGGCUACUCCUCAUAUUGAAUUAAGGUGCAAGCUACUAAAGAGACAGUUCCAUGCUAUCACGGAGAUGUUGAAUCAUAGCAGUGGAUUUGGAUGAAACGAUGUUGAGAAGUGUAUCAUUACAACAAAAGAUGUCUUUGAUGAUUGGGUUAAGGUAACUUUUUCUACUUUGUGUAUUUCCAUUUCUUUGAUAAUUCUGGGUUUUUUUGCUAAUGAUAUGUUUUUAAUUUAGAGUCAUCCGGCUGCUAUUAGUUUAAGGAACAAAAAGUUCCCCACCUUGAUGACUUGAUGUUUGUGUGGGAGAAAGAUCAUGCCACAGGAGCUAAUGCAGAAACCCCUGCUGAUGCAGUAGAAGAGAUAAAUUUAUACGAUGAAGAGGUUGACACGUUUAAUACAGAAACUCAUGCUGAAUGCUACAAAGGUGAAGAGUCUAAUGAUGCCAACCAAGCAAUAAGAAAAUCUGAGACUCUAGAUUCAUCAAUUUGUCUGUCAAAUAAGAAGUUAACCACUAGAAAGAGAAAAGGGAAGACUAAUGAUGUUCUAGGUGACUUGAUGGGAGAGAUUCAUAAAUAUGUUAUUGCUGUUAAUGAGGCUAAUGAGGAGAUGAAAGGAAUUUCCACCUACUUCAAGAAACAAACUGAGAGUAGUGAUAGAAAAAUGAAGAUAUAUGAUGAGUUAAUAGAAUUUUCUAAGCAAGAAAUUAUGGAUGUUGGGGAGUAUAUUCUCAAGGAUAAACACAAGGUUGACAACUUCUUCGCAUUGCCAAAGACAUUUAGGAGAAAUUAUGUGGUGAAGCAGCUCAAUGAAAUCCAUCCAAAAUGAAUUAGAUAGUUGAAUUAGGUUGUUGGUACUUAUAUUUUGAUAUACUUUUGGACAAUCAUGAUACUAUUUUGAACAAAAAUUAUUGGAUGAAUGUCAUUUUAGAUUGAACUUGGAUGAUAU